AUGCAGCUAAAAUUGAAAGAAGAAUGUCGAAAACAAUUCAGUGUCUUUGUCUUGCUCGAGUCAAUGGAUAAUUAUAACUGGCGAACAACGGAAGAGCACACCAAACUGUUGGUAAGCCUUUCGAAUACACCUCUUAUAUUAAACUUGACAAUGUGUUUGAAGUAGAAUCUUCUAUGCAAGACCUUUUUAUAGUUGCUUUCUCCAGAAUGGAUUGCAAAUGUGAAGACAUUAAGUAACGCUACUGACCUGCAGAUCGAUAUUACAGAAUGGAUGGUCAUCAAGUUUGAAACGGAGGGGGUAAUUGGACCAUGGGAGUUUUGUUUACAAUAUUACGAGAUGUUCAAAUUGAUUAUGAGAACGGCAUUUGAGGCAGAGAAAAUAAGUACUAUAAAGAUCUCCAUUUGUGUCUGCAUUUUUGAGUGCUCUGAGCUUUGGUUUUUUGAUCAUGCAGUUGCCAUUGACGUUGCGCAUUUUUUGAAAGGUGAGUUGACUGCAAAGAUUUGGAUGAAAUGGAUAAAUUCAAUCUGUUAA